GGAGCGGCUGGGGCUGCGGCGCCGCUGCUGACACGGAUCGGCCGCGGCCGCCACCGGGCGGAGGCUGCGCGGCGCAGACCCAGACGGGCGGCCCCGGAGGGCGCGCGGCGAUGGCGGCGGCGGGCGGGCGGCGGGCGCGGCGGGCGAGGGGUCCGGGCUGAGCUGCGGGCCGGCCCGGAUGGCGGGCGGCGCGGGCUGGUCGGGCGCCCCCGCGGCUCUGCUGCGCUCCGUGCGCCGCCUGCGCGAGGUGUUCGAGGUGUGCGGCCGCGACCCCGACGGCUUCCUGCGCGUGGAGCGCGUCGCGGCGCUCGGACUGCGCUUCGGCCAGGGCGAGGAGGUGGAAAAACUUGUGAAAUAUUUGGAUCCCAACGACCUGGGGAGAAUCAACUUCAAGGACUUUUGCCGGGGGGUGUUCGCCAUGAAAGGGUGCGAGGAGCUGCUGAAGGAUGUGCUGUCGGUGGAGAGCGCGGGGACGCUGCCGUGCACGCCAGAGAUCCCAGACUGCGUGGAGCAGGGCAGCGAGGUCACAGGCCCCACCUUUGCUGAUGGCGAGCUCAUCCCCAGGGAACCCGGCUUUUUUCCCGAGGACGAGGAGGAGGCUAUGACGCUGGCGCCACCUGAGGGCCCCCAGGAGUUGUACACAGACAGCCCCAUGGAGAGCACUCAGAGCCUGGAGGGGUCUGUCGGGAGUCCUGCCGAGAAGGACGGGGGACUUGGGGGCCUGUUUCUGCCAGAAGACAAGUCCCUGGUCCACACUCCAUCCAUGACGACCUCAGACCUUUCUACACACUCCACCACCUCGCUCGUCAGCAAUGAGGAGCAGUUUGAAGACUAUGGGGAGGGUGACGAUGUGGACUGUGCCCCCAGCAGCCCUUGCCCCGAUGAUGAGACCAGGACCAACGUCUACUCGGACCUGGGUUCUUCGGUGUCUUCCAGUGCGGGGCAGACGCCUAGGAAAAUGCGGCACGUGUACAACAGCGAAUUGCUAGAUGUUUACUGCUCUCAAUGCUGCAAGAAAAUCAACCUGCUCAAUGAUUUGGAAGCCCGACUGAAAAACCUGAAGGCCAACAGCCCCAACCGAAAGAUCUCCAGCACGGCCUUUGGACGGCAGCUCAUGCACAGCAGCAACUUCAGCAGCAGCAAUGGCAGCACCGAAGACCUGUUCCGGGACAGCAUUGACUCUUGCGACAAUGACAUCACAGAGAAGGUAAGCUUCCUGGAAAAGAAGGUGACAGAGCUGGAGAAUGACAGCCUGACCAAUGGGGACCUGAAGAGCAAGCUGAAGCAAGAGAACACACAGCUGGUGCACAGGGUGCAUGAGCUGGAGGAGAUGGUGAAGGAUCAGGAGACCACGGCCGAGCAGGCGCUGGAGGAGGAGGCGCGGCGCCACCGCGAGGCCUAUGGCAAGCUGGAGAGGGAGAAGGCUACCGAGGUGGAGCUGCUCAAUGCCAGGGUGCAGCAGUUGGAGGAAGAAAAUACAGAGCUUAGAACAACAGUGACUCGGCUCAAGUCUCAAACAGAGAAACUGGAUGAGGAGCGGCAGCGCAUGUCUGACCGUCUGGAGGACACCAGCCUGCGGCUCAAAGAUGAGAUGGACCUGUACAAGCGCAUGAUGGACAAGCUGCGACAGAACCGCCUUGAGUUCCAGAAGGAGCGGGAGGCGACGCAGGAGCUCAUCGAGGACUUGCGGAAGGAGCUGGAGCACCUGCAGAUGUACAAGCUGGACUGCGAGCGGCCAGGCAGGGGCCGCAGUGCCUCCUCUGGCCUAGGCGAGUUCAAUGCCAGGGCCCGCGAGGUGGAGCUCGAGCACGAGGUCAAGCGGCUCAAGCAAGAGAAUUAUAAGCUGCGGGAUCAGAACGACGACUUGAAUGGGCAGAUUUUGAGCCUCAGCCUCUACGAAGCAAAAAACCUCUUUGCUGCCCAGACUAAAGCCCAGUCUCUGGCUGCGGAGAUAGACACCGCCUCGCGCGAUGAGCUAAUGGAAGCCCUGAAGGAGCAGGAGGAGAUCAACUUCCGGCUGAGGCAGUACAUGGACAAGAUUAUCCUCGCCAUCCUGGACCACAAUCCCUCCAUCCUCGAGAUCAAACACUAAGGCACAGGGCUGGCUGCAGAGCAGCCUUAGGACCCUGGGACCGAGGGCAGACCCUGCCCAAGGAUGCAGGCCUAAGCCGGGCCUCACACUCACACUGUAAAUGUCUCUCUGGCCACCAUGCGUUACGUGUACCCGUGUAUAUGUGGGGAGGCUGUGCACACGAGCGAGGGGUGAGUGGCCGUGGCUGUGGGCAGCAUCCACACGGUUAGCCGUGCAUGCACUUUGUGGCCCCUUUGCAAGGGGCAGAGGGUACUGGAAGUGGGAGGAGGCAAGGUCUGCUAUCAGGAGUUACUGUAAAAACAAGAACUGGAAGCUCGUGUUUCCGGUACUGGGUAAAAUGAUUCUACCUCUGGGGAUAAGGAUUCACAUUCGCUCUAGUAUGAUGGGCUCUUUCACCCCACUCCUAGUCCCCUUGGGAGUGGGAGCAAAAUUGUGAUCUUUCCUAGGAGUUUGAAUGCCCCAUAUUUGUGUCCUCGCCAGCUCUUUGGCCACCUUUCAAGCCCCAGUGUUCAAGCUCAGAGAGGAUGAAGGGGCAUCUGGAGGGUCCACGAGAUGGGGCCCUCACCAAAUGCCUUGGCCACCGGCCAGCAGCCCUCUGUGAUGUGUGUGCAGAGUGAACAGAGGACUCAGGUUUCAUAGCAGCUAGUGCGGGGCAUCCUCAUCCUGUACCUAUAGAGUUCGUGCACUCCCCCAUCCAUGCUACCUACCUCCCCGUUUCUGUUUCGGUUUUAAGACAAUGAAGCAGCAUUCACUGCUUCAUUGUAACAUGAAGGGAUAAAAAUGAAGGAGAAGGGGGGUUUGGGAUGGGUGUCUAAGGCAGGAGUUGACAUCGGGCAACCAAAGAAAUGAGUUUUGGGGAGGAACACAACUCCCAUCCCAGUCAGUUUCCUUCCCAUGGCUGCAUCUUAAGAUGGAUGCACGGAGAGACCGUCUGCCUGGCUCCCUGUCUUCAUUCUCCACGCAGCCUGGUGAUGGCAGGCCUGGGUUUGGAUUUCAGAAUCCUAGCUCCGGGCUCCACUCGUGUGGCAGCAAGACUGCUUCGUUCCAGCGUUUAGAAACACCUGUAUUUGGUUCUCAGCCAGGGGAGCACUCACUGCACUGGUGGGAGGCGGUUGGGAAAGUUGCAGGAAAACCUUAGUCUUCCAUCCUUCUGACCCAUGGUGGAAAUUCACACCAUGGAUUUUUAAUGGAUCUUUUGUUCUAGGCAGCUGGGAAUAGACAUGGUACUUACCUUAGAGUUUUCCAAUUUAUCUCAAUUUUAUAUGGCUUGUGAUUCAUUUUCUUAAUCCAAAUAUAUAUAAACCUGUGUGGUCUUAUUUUUCCCCCUGCAGUUUCUUGUUUUCUUCAGCACAUCUUAUAGUAUGAGGAGGAAGGUUUGGGCAUGUUGGGAAGGGCGGUGGAGGGGGAGUUGCAGAAAGAGAGGGCAGUGAGGGUGAGGAGAGGGGAUCUGGGGACUUGGGUGUGACACCUGCUUGACAAAGGCAGGGCUGUGGCCAGGACCAACCUUCAAUUCCAUUCCAAUCAGCCUUUGCAUUUGUUGGAUCUCGUGGCUUCUUUUUAAUCUUUUGUUGGGGAUUAGUUUCAUGCUGCACAUAAUGGGGUUGCACUGGUCUGACCCAGGACUUUGGAGCCACCCACACUGGGAAGACUAGGCUAGGCAGUCGGUCUUCUAGGAGUUUCUCAGCCCCUUAGGACGCGGGUCUCCUUGGGCUCCCCCAAGGGUUCUGCGAAGAGGCAGUGGAAGAAGGCAUGAGGAGAGGGUCUCUUGAGAAUUUACCAAUAGGAAGGAGUGGCCACGGCUGAAAGGAACAAGACAGAUCCUGACAUAGCUUUGGCCUGGGUGUUAGGUCAGAAGGAGUACUGGUGCAUGGGGGCCUUACCCCAGGGUUGAGUAUUUUAUAUGUAAAAUGUUAUCUGCCCUUUGGCUGCAUUGGAAUUUCAGAGAAGGCUGCAGAGGCCUGGGUUACACAGCCUGAGUCACAACGUGGGAAGGAAUCUCUGCCACGGGAAAGGUGGGCGGAAGCAGCUGGCAGCCUGGGGCGUGCUUCAGGCUCCUCCCUCUAAGGGGCGCCGUGGGAACAGGCUCCGGAGGCAGCCGGCGUCUGAAAGGCCCCCGGGACCUGGUGCAGCGCCAGAGGGGCCUCUGGAGCAGGCCUGGCUUUUAAAUGGGGGGCUGAAUUCCAGCUCACACACACCUCAAGUCCAACCUUACUUUCUUCAGCCAGAAUACAUUUCUUGUAAAACCUGGCUUGUUGCUUGGCUUUUAAAGAUGGUGUAUGUUUGUAAAAAUAUUCUUCUGGGCUCAAAAGCUAGCUUGAGGGGGCAGAUGCCCCAGGGGUCCCAGCUCCACAGCCCCUGGCAGAUCCCAGACCCCUUGGUGGCAGGUCCCAGAGCCUAGGUGGUAGGAGCUUGAUCUUUGUUUCUGCCCUUUACCCCUCAGUAGUGGGGCUGCAAGGUAGUAGACAGGAUGCCCAGUUAAGUUUGAAUUUCAGAUAGACAAAUAAUUUUAGAAUAAAUAUGUUCUAUCUAAUACUUGGGACAGAUGUUAUUUUUAGAGGUAGGAUCUUGCUCUGUUGCCCAGGCUGGAGUGUAGUGGUAUGAUCAUAGCUCACCAUAACCUUGAACUCCCAGGCUCAAGCGAUCCUCCCGCCUUAACUGCCUGAGUAGCUGGGACUACAGGCAUGCACCACCACGCCCAGCUAAUUUUUCUUAUUUUUUGUAGAGACAGGGUCUCACUGUGUUGCCUCACUCGAGCUGCUGACCUCAAGUGAUCCUCCCACCUCAGCCUGCCAAAGCACUGGGAUUACAGGCAUGAGCCACCAUGCCUGGCCAGGACAUAUUUGAAAUGGGGAGAUUUAAAAAAUUCUGAUGAUUAGACUGAAUCCUCAGACGUUCUGGUUUGAUUGUUGUGGGUGUAGCCCAGGCAUGGGAUUUUUUAAAGAGCUGCUCAGGUAAUUCCAAUUUAAUUGCGUGUCCUACUUGGGUUUUUUGUUUGUUUGUUUUUAUUGUUUUUGCUAAACCUGGCAACCCUACCGAGUAGGGGUUAGCAGUAACUUAUCUGAAAUUUAGAGGUGUUUUGGGGUUGGGGCGAGGGUUUCUGUAGUAGACUCAGAUUUUACAUGGCCCUGAGCUGCCCUUGCGUUCAGUUGGAAGCCACGCAAAAUGAACUGAACCAGGAGUGAGCUUUGUGUACAUUAUCUAUUAGAAAAUGAAGUACCUUCUGGUUCAGCUAGUUCCUGUGCAGUGAGAGGCUUUAAGAAAGUUCUAGUAAAAAUGUUUUUUUCUUUUAACUUUGAAUUGGCCAGAGUUAAUUCUAGGUUAUUUUAUUUUAAAUUGGUAGAAUUCUUUGCGAACUGUCACAGAGAAAUUCCUUUUCAUGACUUUAUUUCUGACCUAUUAAAACAUGAACAGGCCAGGCAUGGUGGCUCACGCCUGUAAUCCUAGCACUUGGGAGGCAGUGGCAGGCGGAUCACUUGAGCUCAGGAGUCCUAAACCAGCCUGGGCAACAUAGUGAUACCUUGUCUCUACCAAAAGUUAAAAAAAAAAAAAAAAGCUCAAGAACCUGCACGAGGGCCUAAAACAGUGGGCUCAGCUUUGGCUGUGCAUUGGAAUCACCUGGGGAGAUUUGUAAGCUUCUGCUGUUUGGGCUGAACCCCCAGAGGUUCGGAUUGAAUUGGUGUGGGGUGUGGUCCAGGCAUCGAGAUGUGUAAAGACCUCCCCAGGUGAUGAUAUGCAGUCCGAGGUUGAGACUGCCCUGUCCUGCAAGGUCGUUGGCCAGAGGUAGAGGAAACUGGUCAAAGUGGCUGUUGGGCUUGUCAAGCCCGUGGCUGAAUGACAGUGAGCUCUCUUGCUGGGAGGGUUCCUUUUCCUGUUGUUGAAUGGUCCUGGCCUGCAGGAUGGGAGGCCAGAUGCCUUCAGGAGCUGGUGGAUCCAGCUGUUCUCACCAGCCUGGAGGUUAGCAGACCAGAGUGGGUGGGCAGGACCUUGGCCUGGUGCCCCUGGAAUCAGUGGGUGGCAUGUGUUGGGAUAUACUGGCUACAGGCUCAUCUCAAAGAGCAGGUAGAACAGAGUCGGCAGGGAACUGACAGGUGGGGCUGUCCCCCUGAAAGCAGCCGCAGAAACAGCUGCCACCUAUUUGCAUAGCUGAGCAGGAGGACAUACUGUCUUUGUGGGUUUUGCUUCUGGUCUGUUUCCUGACUGGGUUGAUAAAGGGAGUCCCAGCUCGUUCCCUGUUAGCCAAACCAGCAUCCCACUCACACACCGGACACUCCAGGUGCUAGUCCACUGGUGCUGGUGUUCAGGGGAGUUGAGGGGGGUGGCGGGGAGAGAAGCGCGGGUUCUUGGUUCCAAUGAGGGACUUAGCCAGCAGAAGCCUCCAGGGGCCGGCAGGGCCAGGUGAAACUGGGAGAAAUGAAGCCCUCUGGGUCCUGUGUGUGUGGUGGGGUUUAAUGCAUUAGCAAAUUUAAACUUAAAAACUAACUCUAGGCCGGGCACGGUGGCUCACACCUGUAAUCCCAGCACUUUGGGAGGCCAAGGCAGGUGGAUUGCCUGAGCUCAGGAGUUCGAGACCAGCCUGGACAACAUGGUGAAACUCUUGUCUUUAUUUUUUUAAAAAACAAAAACUAACUUUCGAUGUGAUCAUACCAGGAAAGUUUUGCGUGGUCACCAUGCCAAGAAAAUGACUUUGGUUGCCCAGCAGAUCCACAGUGACUCUUUCUCAAGGGCUACUGUGGAUUCUAGAUUGAGGAAAGGGGCCACUUAGGACUCAGUGCUGGUAUCCUCCACAGUCCUUUCUCCCAGACUCUGGCCCUCCCUUUGGGACCCAGGAAAUCCCCUCUAGGGUGACGCUGCUGGCUAGGAAGACUGAGGUCUGCUGUGCCAAGGGGCCUCAAGUUAGAAGGGCCAUGCCGUCAGUGGAUGACUUUGAGCGCUGAUCCUAGGGACCUGCCAGGUCCUCACUUCCUGCCCUGGGUGCACACAUGAAUGGGGCAGCCAGCAGGAAGCAGGAGAGGCUGGAACCAGGAGCCUGCCCUACCUGCAUGGCAGGACAACUCUGAGACCCUUCUGCCAUAUUCUCUGCUACCUACCAGAGAAAAUAGGCUGCCUUCUAGAAAGAUUUGUUUCUAAAAGUGUAGACCCUGGGGAAGUAUAAUGCCACCACACUCACCAGGCGAGGUUUCCCAUAUGACCUCCCUGCCCCGACCUCGUAGGUUGCUCCUUUCCCCAUCUGUAAGGUAGAGAUGUCUGCCCCAGAGCCACCAGCUGGGGAUGGCAUCCAGGCCAUGUCUCCUGCAGGAUCCAAGUGCUGUUGUCCCCAGGGUGACCCUGCCUCCUGCUGGGGCCCAUCCGCUUUGCUGUGCUGUACAGGCUGUUUUCAUCUGCAUGGUUUGGGGUCUUUGUCCUUGUGCCUUUUCUUCCCCAUCGCCACUGUACAGGAUUUUCCACAUUGCCCACUGCCUCCUUUUCAACAUCGUCUCAUCUCCCUGGCCUUUCCCGAGCCCUGUAAAUGUGUACUUUUUCAACGUGCCUCCCCCAGGUGAGGCCAGCUCUCCCGGGCACAUUCAUCCACAAGGAUCAGGCCCCACUUACCCUUGGCUCGCUCAGCCUAUAGACUUGGUAACUUUGUAUAGAAUCUUUCAUGAUUGUCUUAAGCAUGGGGGGCUAGGACCCACUUAGUCCCUCCUCCAGCCUGCAGCUAGUUUAGGAGCCUUGCAUUCCAGAAAAGGGCAACUUUGUGUAAAGCAGCUUCUCCCACAAAGCUUUCCCUGCAUUGUUAGCGAUGUCGGGCAAACCAUCACUCUUUAACCUGGGGCAUUGGCCCCAGCAGGGAUAUCAUGGGACUGCAGCCGCUCCGUGCACCGUCUCUGCCCCCAGAGGAAGCCCUGUCCAUGGUUCCUGGUGCACGGCCACAGGCCUGCCUUGAGGCCACCACAUCUGGUGUCUAGAACAGCUGCGGGCCCCACUUGGGCAGAAGGAAGAGGCGCUAGCUGCUGCCCCUGCCUGCUGUGAACACCUGCCCAGCCCUUCCUUGUCUGCUGAGGUGCUCAGACCAGAGUGCCAUUAAAUACCAACUGAUGUCACAGAGCGGACGGUGCAUUGCCAAGGACUCACAGCUGUGGGCUCCCUUCCAGCUCCUCCCACUUUCUUAGCUGGGUCUUCUGAGGCCUACGUGGAAUGAACUACACAUGUGGCCUCAUGCCCAAGGGUUUGUUAGAUGGCUUCUGACUCUGUGGGAUUCAACUUGACUUUUUUGCCCCAGGAGGCUCUGUCUGGAAACAGGCUUAGCUUUAGUGCUGGGGUGGGACCAGCCCUGUGGGCCCCAGGGAGGGGACAGUGGGGGUGAGGCCCUGAGGCUGUCCAGGGUCCGAGCUCUUUGCCUCCAACCUGCUUCUGCCCCAAAAGGAACAGGCUGUUGGUGGCAGGAUCCUCCCGGGGAGCUGUACUGUACAGACCAAGGUGUAAAUAAACAGUUUGCUCUUCUC